AUGAUUGGGGAGGAGCCUAGACCGAGUGACCCCACGCUGCAGGAAGAUUGGGACGAGCGCUCCUCGGCUGGCUACUAUUUGAUGUCGCAGAGUUUGGAGCUGAACCAGCGUCACCACGUCAUGCACCUGCUGCCGGAGGUUGAAUGCGGUCCGAAGGCGUGGACCGUGUUGAAGGAGCUGCACGCCCCGACCUCCGUUGUCGCAACGUUGAUGCUGGAGAGGGAGCUGUCCGCGUUGCGCCUGAGCGAGGGAGAGCCGGUGCAACCAGUCCUGGACAAGAUGCGCGACCUCUACGCGAAGUUGGCGACCGCGGGAAUCACCUACCCGGAGCAGACCAAGUGCUUGAAGAUGCUCUCGCUGCUGCCGGAAUCGUGGCUUCAAUUUACGAGCGGAUUGAGCCUGCCGCAGAACCAGAGCUUGUGGACGCUCGAGUGGGUGCGGACGAAGAUUCUGGAGGAGGACUUCCGUCGCCGCCAACUGAGGGGUGGAGACGACGGCAGCAGCGGCUACGGGAUGCAAGGGAGCCGACGUGGCAGAGGACGUGGCUUCGGUGGUGCUGGACGCGGUGCAAAGAAAGACGACGACUCCAACGACCAACAAGGAGGUACCGGUUGGGGUCGCGGUGCGAAAUCUGGACGUGGGGGCAAGUCGGGUGCUGGUGGCAAAAUGAAAGGGAGUUGCUGGUAUUGUGAGAAGGAAGGGCACCCCUGCUAUUAG